GCAAAAAGAACAAAAAAAGGGCGCGAGGUAGAGAGAGAGAGAAGGGAAACAGGAAGAACAGGAAGGAGGAGGCGGGCUUCGGAUCGGCAAGGGAGCGGGGGAGCGGGUGGUUUCUGUUUCUUGGUCGCCGGCAGCGGCGGCGGGAGUAGGGAAGUCGGGAUGGAGAGGACGGCGGUGGGGGCGACGGGGCCGCUGGGGAUGGAGAUGCCGAUAAUGCACGACGGGGACCGGUACGAUCUGGUGCGGAACAUCGGGUCCGGCAACUUCGGCGUCGCGCGCCUCAUGCGCAACCGCGCCUCCGGUGAGCUCGUCGCCGUCAAGUACAUCGACCGGGGUGAGAAGAUUGAUGAGAACGUGCAGAGGGAGAUCAUCAACCACCGGUCGCUGCGGCACCCCAACAUCAUUCGAUUCAAGGAGGUUAUUCUGACGCCGACACACCUGGCGAUCGUCAUGGAGUACGCGUCCGGCGGGGAGCUCUUCGAGCGCAUCUGCAGCGCUGGACGAUUCAGCGAGGACGAGGCCCGCUUCUUCUUCCAGCAGCUGAUAUCUGGGGUCAGCUACUGUCACUCUAUGCAAGUAUGUCAUCGCGAUUUAAAGCUCGAGAACACUUUGUUGGAUGGAAGUACCACUCCUCGGCUCAAGAUAUGCGACUUUGGUUAUUCAAAGUCUUCGGUUCUUCAUUCGCAACCAAAAUCAACUGUUGGAACUCCGGCCUAUAUUGCUCCUGAAAUUUUGCGGAAAAAAGAAUACGAUGGCAAGAUUGCUGAUGUGUGGUCAUGUGGUGUAACCCUCUACGUGAUGUUGGUUGGCGCGUACCCUUUCGAGGAUCCGGAAGAUCCUAAGAACUUCAGAACGACAAUUCAGAAAAUAUUGGGCGUUCAGUACGCGAUUCCAUACUAUGUCCAUAUAUCCCCAGAGUGCCGAGACCUUAUCUCAAGGAUUUUUGUUGCCAACCCAGAAACUAGGAUCACCAUGCCUGAGAUAAAAAACCAUCCUUGGUUCGUGAAGAACCUCCCAGCUGACCUCAUGGAUGACGGCACAAUGAGCACCCAGUAUGAGGAGCCUGACCAGCCGAUGCAGAACAUGAACGAGAUCAUGCAGAUACUGACAGAAGCAACCAUACCAGCCGCUGGCACCGGCGGAAUGAACCAGUUCUUGGCAGACAGCCUUGACCUUGACGACGAUAUGGAGGAUCUAGACUCAGACCUUGAUCUCGACAUCGAGAGCAGUGGGGAGAUAGUGUAUGCCAUGUAAUCAUGUGAAUGCUUGUGCGGAAACUGUAUUUGCGGCCUUCCUCCUUGUGAAUCAAUCUGCCAAGUUGCUGAUGGUCUGGAUCAGCUCGAGGCCCAGUAGAGAUCUGUGCUCAUGCUGUGGCUAAGUGGUUGGUUCUGUUGCCUGUACUGCUUGAGACCGUUGAUCCCUACUGUGGUGCUGCUAUCACUGUCUGUUGUGUAGUGUGUUGUGCAACAAUUUAACCCCGGAUAUAACAUGUAAAACUGUUUCUUGUCCGUUUUUAUUAGAGAAUAUUGUACAAUUUUUAUUAUAGUUUAUUGUCUUUUCAUUCA